AUGGCAUCUUUUGGGUCUCUCAAGCAAGCAAUCUUCGACAAAGAAGCCAGAAAACAGCAGUAUCAAUCUCAUAUACGAGGCCUCAACGCAUACGAUCGCCACAAGAAAUUCUUGAAUGAUUAUGUUGGCUUUUAUGGAAAAGAGAAAUCCGCACAAGAUAAGUUGCCUGUUAAAACAGAUCAAGACACCCUCAGAGAGGGAUAUCGAUUUAUAAGGACUGAAGAAGAUGAUAUGAAUCCUUCUUGGGAGCAAAGGCUGGUGAAGCGCUACUAUGAGAAGCUCUUCAAAGAAUACUGCAUAGCUGAUAUGUCACACUACAAGACUGGUAAGAUUGGUCUGAGAUGGAGGACUGAAAAAGAAGUAAUAUCUGGGAAAGGACAGUUUGUAUGUGGUAAUAAACAUUGCAAUGAGAAAGAUGGUUUGUCAAGCUACGAGGUAAACUUUUCUUAUUAUGAAGCUGGAGAAAACAAACAGGCCCUCGUGAAAUUAGUAACCUGUGAGAGAUGUGCGGAGAAGCUUUUUUAUAAAAAACGAAAAGAGAAAAAACAAUUGAGACAAAAAGAGACGGACAGUGAUCGGAGGAAAAGGGAUAGGUCUGAAAGUGAGGAUGAUACAGAUAACGAAUAUGACAGAAAGAAAGAGCGUAGAAAAGGAAAGAAGGCUUCGACUUCUCUUAGUGAUCAUAAGGUUGAUGACGAUGAAAACUUUGAUGAGUAUCUUGAGGGAAUGUUUCCUUGA